AUGAACGGAGCUCUAUAGAAAUCUGACAGCUUCACAGGUGAAACAUCGUUCAGAGGUUGUUUCACUUUCUCUUUCAGUGGCCGGAACAUACUCGCUGUGAGUCUGGGGUUGACACAGUCAAAAAGCAGUAAUUCGUCCAAUAAUAUCGGCAACAUGAACAAAAAGAAAAAGGACUGGAAGGAGGAAAAAGUCAAACUGUUGAACAUGAGUUUGGAGGAGCGCCGAAGGCAGUACCGUUCUGAUCAUGUGACGCUGGAGAAGAUCCUCACCUGGAGACAGAUGAGUAAAGCUGAAGUGGAUGGACACAGCCUCCUUAUUGACAAAGUUUCUCUGUACAAAGGCGACAUCACCAUCUUGGAGGUGGACGCCAUCGUUAAUGCAGCUAACUCCAGUCUUCUGGGAGGAGGUGGAGUUGAUGGCUGCAUACACAAAGCGGCAGGAUCCUUGCUGUUCGACGAGUGCCACACACUGCAUGGCUGUGACACCGGCCACGCCAAGAUCACCUGCGGCUACGACCUCCCGGCUAAAUAUGUGAUUCACACUGUGGGCCCAGUGGCCAGAGGGAACGUGGGCCAGACGGAGAACCGAGACCUCGCUGCCUGCUACAAGAACUCCCUCCAGCUCGCCAAGGAGAACGACCUUCACUCUGUGGCCUUCCCGUGUAUAUCCACAGGAAUUUAUGGUUUUCCCAACGAGCCUGCGGCCGACAUUGCCCUGAACACCGUGAAGAACUGGCUGAAGGAGAACUCUCAGAUCCAACGGGUCGUCUUCUGUGUCUUUCUGGAGAUGGACUACAAGAUCUACAAGGAUAAAUUAUCUCACUCUUUCCAAGGUAAGUGUGUCGGGUGUUUGAUUGGGUUGUGA